AUGUCGCAGAAGUAUAUCUCCAGAGAAAAGUCUUCAAUUGAGACUCCUUACAUUCAUUCAGACCGUGGUCAUUUAGAUCAAAGAGCAAUUUAUGGUUUCAUUGUAUACAUCGCUUGCUUUCCUGUAUUUGUGCUCUAUGUAAUUUGGGCAUAUGUACCACAUGAAUGGUUAAAUUCAAUUGGAAUAACGUACCUACCGAGCAAAUACUGGGCAGUCACUGCGCCAAUAUCGGCGCUUAUUUUAUCUACAGUUGGACUUCUUGCCUACACAUGGAAUAACAGAUCGCUCAUGCAACCACUUACAUCCAUUUAUCAAAUUAAAGAUGAUUGUCACACAAAUCAACAUUUGAAUGGUUCCAGUUUAUCGGCAAGAAGUAAUUAUUCAAAAGAACUACCAAUAAUUCCUCUAUUAAGUGAUUUAGACUUGACUUUGGUCACAAAUCAAUUGUAUUUGAAAUCAAAUAAAAAUAUGCUUCAUUAUGGUUAUGGGAGGCGGGAUAAUGACAAUGGUAGUGUAAAGUUUCAAAAAAAGGAGAGCUAA